AUGAAGUCUGCAAGCAGACUAUUUUUCCUCUCAGUAUUUGCGCUCUGGGGCUCUCCAGUCCAAUGCGAGAGCGCCCAAGAUGAUUGUGCGAUCUCCCCCAAGGCUAUCGUGUCCGACGCAUGCGCCUCUUACUGGACCCUCGACAAGCUGAACACAAAGGUCAAGCCCCUCGUCGAUGACCUCACUAGAUCGACAGACUUCUUCUCACACUACCGACUAAAUCUUUUCCACACGAAAUGCCCCUUCUGGAACGACGAAAAUGGCAUGUGCGGCAACAUUGCCUGCGCUGUCGAGACACUCGACAAUGAGGAAGACAUUCCCAAGGUAUGGAGAGCAAGCGAGUUGGGAAAGCUGGAGGGUCCGCUGGCGAAACAUCCCCCAAGGAUGGUGCAACACGAACGUCCCGAGCGCCCCCUGCAGGGAAAGCUGGGCGAGGGGGUCGGCGAGAGCUGCGUAGUGGAAUAUGACGACGAAUGCGACGAGCGAGACUAUUGCGUGCCCGAAGACGAGAGCGCGAGCUCUAAGGGAGACUACGUGAGCCUUCUCCGUAAUCCCGAGCGUUUCACCGGGUACGGUGGCUUCGGCGCCGCCCAGGUCUGGGACGCCAUUUACCGCGAGAACUGCUUCCAGAAGAGCUCUUUCCCACACUCAGCAUCCCUGGGGCAGUCACAGGCCACUCACAAGGGCCCCGCUGCUCAAGACUUGCGUCAGGUUCUCGAGUCGGUCGGGCGACAGCAGGCACUCGAGCAGAUGCGCGAGACACAGCCCAACGCCCCGUUCGUGGCUCAGACCGGUCUCGAGGUUGAGGACGAGUGCCUCGAGAAGCGCGUCUUCUAUCGCGUCAUCUCGGGCAUGCAUGCAAGUAUCAGCACCCACCUCUGCUGGGACUUCCUUAACCAGACCACCGGCCAGUGGCAGCCCAACGUGGCCUGCUACCGGGCCCGGCUGCACACCCAUCCGGAGCGCAUCAGCAACCUGUACUUCAAUUACGCCCUCGUCACCCGCGCUGUCGCCAAGCUGGGGCCCUACCUCCAGGGCCGUGACUACACCUUCUGUUCGGGCGACAUGGACCAGGACGCCGCGACGCGGGCCAAAGUCCUCGAGGUGACGGAGGCUGCAGCCAGCGUGCCCCAGAUCUUCGACGAGAGUCUCAUGUUCAAGAAUGGGGAGGGCCCAUCGCUCAAGGAAGACUUUCGAAACCGCUUCCGUAACGUCAGCCGUGUCAUGGACUGCGUUGGCUGUGACAAGUGCCGCCUCUGGGGAAAGCUGCAGACCGCCGGCUACGGCACUGCGCUCAAGGUCCUCUUCGAGUUCGACAACGCUAGCGAGGACAUCCCCGUGCUAAAGCGCACCGAGCUCGUUGCCCUCUUCAACACCUACGCCCGUAUCAGCAGCUCCAUCAAUGCUAUCAACAAGUUUCGCGCCAUGGUCGACUCUGAGGAGGCCCUCGCCGCUGCGUCUGCCGCUGCUCCCGAAUUUCCCGAAUUUAUCCCUGAAGGCAUCCCCGAUCGGGCGAAGAAGCCGCACCACGUGGUAACGUCGCCCGAGACAGAGCCCGAGAAGAAGCAGGAGAACCCGCAAGACGAGCACAGCGAAAAAGCGCCGAGACACGAAGAAACCUUCAUGGAAGAGCUUGAACUAGAAGUUGGGCGCGUAAUCAAGGCCUUCAAGUUCGUCAUCAGCCGCUGGCUCGCAUUCCCCAAAACCUUCGUCAACGUAGUGGCUAUCGAGCUUGUCCGAUUUUACCAGUUCUUCGUGGGCCUGCCCUUGAUUGAGCGGAACUGGAGCUUCGAACGACCCAACCUGGAUGAACUCUGA